GAAGGAACGUAAAAGGGAGGAACAAAUUAGAACAGGAAUAAUAAAGGGAGAGGCGGAGGCUGGCCCAUCACUGACUCACUGAAAUUUUAUAACGUAGAAGAGGAGAACAGAAGGACGGGAAGGAAGGAACUGAGGACCGUAACAAAGCUGUGUGACACGAUCCCGGGUCGCUAAAAUACGUUGUUGAUUUCAGCGACGUUAGCAGCAUCACUUCCACCUCCUGCGCACCAUCCGCAUCUCUGCUGCUGGGGGAGAAGACUAUCCGCAUCUCAGCAAGCUGGAUCCAGAUGAUGGGGCUUUUGCUGUGUUUCCUGACCCUCGGCUCAGUGGCCCUGAAGCACACUGCUGGUGGAGAUGUGUGCGUGUCAGGUCAUGACAGUGGACCAGUGUUUGAAGAACAGCCAAGCAGUUUAAUUUACCCUGAAGGCCUGACUGAAGGCAAAGUGACCCUUAGCUGUCAGGCCAGAGCAAGUCCAGCUGCUUCUUACAGGUGGCUUGUGAAUGGCACUGAGGUUCCUUUGGGUUUGGACCGAUACACCCUGGUUGCUGGCACCUUGGUGAUUAGCAGCCCCGAACCCACCCGGGACACAGGCUCGUACCAGUGUCUAGCCAUCAACCGCUGUGGUACCAUCAUUAGCAGAGCUGCUAAUCUCAAGUUUGGUUACCUCCGUGACUUCCCUCCAGACAGCAGGAGUCCUCAAACAGUUUAUGAGGGUCAAGGAACAUUCUUGGCCUGCCAGCCCCCUCCACAUUACCCAGCUUUGUCUUACCGCUGGUUAAUCAACGAGUUUCCCAACUUCAUCAGAAAGGAUGAUGGGCGCUGGUUUGUGUCACAGGUCACAGGAAACCUGUAUGCGGCAAAAGCUGAACUCAAUGACACUGCAAACUACUUCUGCUUCACAACGAUCAACAUGGAAAUCAGUACAAAGAGCACCUUCAGCAAAGCCAACCAGCUCACUGUACUGCCCGAUGCCAAUCCCAGGAAGUCAGCUCCAACCAUUAAAGUGCGAUUCCCAGCAGAUACCUACGCCCUUGCUGGACACACCGCCCAGUUAGAGUGCUUCGCUUAUGGAAAUCCAGUUCCAAAAUUGCGGUGGAGGAAGGUGGAUGGUUUAAUGCCAUCCAAGGCGAGCCCCACUGUGGCAGGUCCCACCCUUACCCUUCCUGAACUCACCUUUGAUGAUGAGGGCAUUUACGAGUGUGAAGCCUACAACUCAGAAGGAAGUGACACAUACCAGGGACGCAUCAAUGUCCAAGCUCAGCCAGAAUGGUUGCAGGUGAUGAGUGACUCAGAAGUUGAAAUCAGCUCAGAUCUUCACUGGAGCUGUGUAGCUGCAGGAAAACCUCGACCCUCUGUACGCUGGCUACGUAAUGGGCAGCCACUUAGUACACAGGACCGUGUGGAGGUGAAUGGAGUUCAUCUUAGAGUCAGUAACCUGGCUCUUGAGGAUUCUGGGAUGUACCAAUGUGUGGCUGAAAACAAGCAUGGCACCAUCUACUCGACUGCUGAACUGAGGGUCCAAGUUCAGGCUCCAGAUUUCAGGUUGAAUCCAGUAAGGAAGCUGAUUCCAGCAGCUAGAGGGGGGCAGGUAAUGAUUGAGUGUCGCCCUCGAGCUGCCCCGAAGCCCAGUCUGUUCUGGAGUCGUGGAACAGAGUUGCUCACCAACAGCAGCAGAAUCACAGUAACUCCAGAUGGCAUCUUAUGGAUCCACAAUAUCAGCAGGGCAGAUGAAGGGAAGUACACCUGCUUUGCUGAAAACUACCUUGGCAAAGCCAACAGCACUGGACACUUGUCUGUGAGAGAUGCCACCAAGAUCACACUAGCACCUUCUAAUGCAGACAUCAAUCAGGGGGAGAAUGUGACGCUCCAGUGCCAUGCUUCCCAUGAUGCAACUAUGGACCUGACCUUCACGUGGUCCCUCAAUGGGGUCCCUUUGGACCUGGAGAACUCUGUUGGGCUUUACCAUCGAGUGGAUGGGAAGGAAAACAUUGGUGACCUGUUGAUUGUGAAAGCUCAGCUGAGUCAGGCAGGGAUAUACAUCUGCACAGCACAGACUGUGGUGGAUAGUGCCUCAGCUUCAGCUAAACUAGUGGUUCGAGGCCCACCUGGACCUCCUGGAGGUUUAUUGGUUAAGAAUGUAGCUGAGACAUCAGUGGAACUCAGGUGGAGUCGUGGCUAUGAUAACCACAGUCCUAUUGGCAAAUAUGUCAUCAUGGGCCGAUCUUCUUUCUCAUCUGAAUGGAAGAAGAUGAGGACAGAUCCAGUGAACAUUGAAGGAAAUGCAGAGUCAGCUCGUGUGAUAGGACUGAUGCCCUGGAUGGAUUAUGAAUUCCAGGUAAUUGCCAGCAACAUCCUUGGCAGUGGAGAGCCUAGCAUGCCCUCCCACAUCAUCCGGACACUGCAAGCAGCUCCCACAGUGGCCCCAAGUGGACUUGGAGGAGGAGGAGGAGAUCACAAUGAACUCAUUAUUACUUGGACGCCCAUGGCCAGAGAAUACCAGAAUGGUGACAGCUUUGGCUACAUCUUGGCAUUCAGAAAGAAGGACACAUCAUCAUGGACAACUAUGCGAAUUCCCCACGUAGAGUCCUCACGAUACGUUUACUACAACAGCAGUCUGGUGCCGUACACUCCUUUUGAAGUGAAGAUCAAAGCUUAUAACCGUAAAGGAGAAGGUCCAUUUAGCCAGAUUGCUGUGGUUCAUUCUGCAGAGGAAGAGCCAACUGUGGGACCUUCAAGCAUCAAUGCCACGGCGCUGUCCGCCUUUGAGAUUCAGGUUUCAUGGGAGCCUGUCCACCAGCUCAGUGCCAAUGGCAUUCUGAGAGGAUAUGAGAUCCGGUACUGGCGACAACAUGAACGAGAAGCAGCAGCGGACCGAGUAAGGACAGCAGGGAUGGAACCAACAGCCAGGGUGUCUGGACUUCGACCCAGCACUCGAUACCACGUUGCUGUUCUGGCAUACAACAGUGCCGGCACAGGACCACCCUCACCACGCACCACCAUCACCACCAGGAAACCACCUCCCAAUCGUCCUCCAGGCAAUGUGUCAUGGAAGACUCAUGGCUCGUGGGUAACGGUGAGGUGGGACCAUGUGAUGGCUAUGCACAAUGAAUCAGCUGUGCUUGGCUACAAAGUUCUGUACAAACAUGAAGACCAGGCAGCUUUGAAGUUUCUGGACAAGGGAAAGACAUCACUGAGCCUGCCACUUCCGAAGGACAACGGUUACAUUGUGUUGGAGAUUUGGUCAUGGGGCGAGGGUGGGGACGGGCCGGCACAUGAGAUUAUUGUGUCCCGGGAUUCAGGGACUGGCAUGAUGGUACAGAAGGAUGGCUCCGCCACACUGUCCCGUCCCCCUGUCCACCUCCUCUGUGGCUUGGCUCUGCUCACUUUUGCGUUGAUGUCAGUCCUGUGAUCUCAGCCAGUCUGGACUUUUUAUUGUCAGUGGCUUGAAACUAAUGUUCUCCUGUAAGGAUGGGUGGGUGUUGUGCAGGGAUGGGAGAGAUGGGAAUUUAGUUUUCAUUUUUUAUAGUAAGGAACUUUUUAAAAAAUAUCUGAAUGAAAUGUUUAAGGCAGUAUUGUAUUUGUGCACUGCUGUCAGUAUAGACCAUGCCUUAUUGGGACAUCUGUGACUGACAUGUCACAUAAGCGCGUCCUGGAAACUGUAGCUGGCAAGACUUCAGGUGUAUAGUACUCAUAGAAUCAGCAGUGUAUGUAACCUGUCUACAUACAGUGCAGCCAUACAUGUGAUGGAGGUUUGUCUGUUCACACUGAGGGCAGCUUGCCUCUUUUGAGCAGUUGUGUCGUAAGAGCUGUAACGGCAUUAAUAUCAUGCAUUCACUUGGGAUUCACAAAUCUCUUCUAACUGCAAUUGUGAUAAAAAUUAAAAAGAGACUGAUACCUAAAUUUAAUUUCUAAAGUCAAAAGCAGCUCUUCUAAAGACUAGGAAGACUAAAACUGCCACAUACGGAUAACAAAAGACAGAAUUCAGGUUUAAACCUUUAAUAUACUUCUACCACAAAGUAAAGUUCACAUAUCCAAAAUAUGACCUGAUGCUUUUGUUGCUUACAGUGUGAACACACAAUAAAAAGGCCUUCCUUGAGGUUAUGAAGAAUUGCUUUGCUAGUGUCUCUGUGAUUGUGUGUGUUUCUUUUCCUCAGCUGUAAAUAUAGCAAGCUACAGAACUAUGUCACUGGUCCAGAUGAUUGUUAACAUUUUUAUGUUUUGUUUAAUUUCAGGGAAGCAAACUUUGAUUGUAUUUAAUUCUUUGUUGAUUUUAUUUUUCUUUUUUUGUGCCUACUUAUGUGAAUAAUUCUGUCAGCGUUGGGAAAAUGUAUGUUUAAAGUUUUUGGUUUUACUGCAGCUGCUUUUAUGCUGAUAGGCUGAGAAAAGAAGUCCUUGGCAGCAGGGGUGAAUGACCAGAACAACACAAAAGCGCUGAUCACCAAAGUUAUCAAAGUGCAGUUUACAGUUCAGUUAUAUAUUGUCUUCAUUGUAAUCCUGUCAGUCUAUCAGCUCUUGUGUAACAAAUCUGGCUCACCACACUUUACAGGAAGGAUGUGACCUCUGUAAUUCUUACAGUACAUCAAGUGCUUAAAAUGUGUGUCUUUGUUGAUGUCUAUUUAUUUAUUUAUUGUUCUUGAUGUACUCAGAACUGUUUUCUAUCAGCAGGUUUAUUUUUGAUAGUCUGAAGGGUAGCUGAUGCUUUGAGUUUAAAUUACUGUCGAAGAGAUAGGAGUGACAUGGUUUUGGUUUUCUUUAACUACCCACGAAACAUCCCAGUACUUUAAAUUUGGUUUUUACUCUGCUGUUUUGUUUUUAUUUUACAUCUGUGACAAAACUCACUCUCAAUGCCUGCAGCACUUAAUGUGUUGUUCAUAAUUUAUACAGACUGUUCUUAAGUCAGUAAGAGGCAGUCGUGGUGGUGGCGCACAUGCGUAUUAAGGUUGCGACUUCUAUACCCAUACCGGCAACUUGUGGCCUGGCAAUGGGAACUGCACAGUCUUGCGAUUCUGUGUGAACGGGAAUAGUUUUUAAAACGUUUCCAUCUUUUUUUCCACCUUUCUUUCCAUUUUUCAAAAACAGAAAAAGUCACAGUUUCCACUCGAUCAUUCUUGUGUAAAUGGGGCCUUAGUAUAAACAAAGAAUUCAACUACAGCCUCAUGCCUCUACAAAAAUACAUUUUAGCCACUCAAACAUGAUUUGUCAGUAUUAUUUAGAAUUAGCAAACUACAAAUGUACAGUUUAUAGUCCAAGUAAAAUAAAAAUGUUUACAGUAUAAAUUGGAAAGGUUACAGUGCCAAAAAAUUAGGCCAAGGGAAAGCUCAGUGGUUAAUUAAAUGCAGUCCAACUUUUCAUACUAUACUAUGAAAAGCUUAUUGUCGUGACUCGUGAGUAUAAUAAUAAACCCUGGUCAAAGUUAUAGGACAGUCAUUCUUAAAAUAGUGCACUGAUUAGGAAUCAAAGAGAAAUCCUCUGUAUAAAAAUCCAGUGUUCUGCAGACCCAUCCAUCCAACAUUUCUAAAUCUGUGUCGCUGGAAUUCCUCCUUUGGUCACAUCAAAAUGACUACAGCCUCUAGAGGAAAAUGUACCUCAUAUUUAAGCAUAAGCGGUAUAGCUUUACAAUAAUUCUGUGCAUAACACCCAUGUCAUCACACAUUGUCACUGACUCAAAUUAGCCAAAUUAACAGUUCCUUUUACAUUGUUUGGUUUAUUUUGUUGUAUUUCAAUGUGUGAAUGGUCUGGACAACCAAAACACUUGGUCGUACUUUGGUAUUUGUUUUACUUUUCAGAUGGUUGUAUGAUAAACCAGUUGAUUCUAUGAUGAUAUGCUUCAUUUGACAAGGAAAAUGUAACAUUUUAAACAUUUUAUCCUCUUAUUUUACAUCCAAAUGGGAUUCAUCAUUUAACUUAUGUUAAGCUGGGUGUGGUGAACAUAUAUAUGGUAAAUCUAAGAAAAUAUAAUUUUCUGUCUGUAUGUAGAUAGCUGUAGCUAGGUAUUAUCAUUAGUGCUCAUGUGUUCAUUGAAAAAUUAAGUUUAAAUUCAGGUAAGACUAGACCAAUUGUGAACAUACUGUUAUUUUGAGCCAACAAAUAUCAAAAAAAUGAAUUUGUGAUGUCAGUAUUAUUUCAAGCCUGAAUUCGAACAUCUGUCACUGUCUUACAUUCAGCUAUAUCAAGCAUCAUGCCACUGCUUUAUCUCUGCACCAAUGGAAAUGCUUUUAGACCCAUUUUAAUGAUGUCCUUGUUUGUGUUCUUGUGCUUUCCUGUGUAUGCUUUUUUUUUGUUCCAAUACUUUCAGUGUUCAUUGCUGAGCCCUAAAAUCAUAACCCCAUAUCUAGGUAUCCAGUCACGAAAUGAAAGUGGCUGACCAUUUAGGUUUACUGAUGGACUGACUUUUUGCAUUACUUUCUUACAGUGGCAGUUCAAAUGGCUGAGCUGAAGUGUGCUGGACAAUGUUGCCUUUGAGCUUUUUCAAAAUUGUGAUUGAGAGGAAAUGUGAGUGGAGAGUGGAGGUUACAUGUAUAUAUGAAUUUAAAUAAACACACUGGGAUUGUA